AAGCGGUUCUGAAAAUGUGUGUGUGUGUGUGUAUUAUUAUUUUUUUAUUAUUUGAAAAAUCGUGUUUAUCGUGCCCUGCCCUCCGAGCCGCCAGGGGGCGCUAUGCGCCACGGACACUCGCACUCGCAGCUCCACUUCCAGUGCGGAACAACAACACAGAUCUGUAAAACGGAAGCUGGAGGGGAGUGGCGAUGGGUAAGAGCUGUAAAGUGGUGGUGUGCGGCCUGUCCGGCGUGGGCAAGACUGCUGUGCUGGAGCAGCUGCUGUACGCGAACCACGCUGUGGGCUCCGAGCCAAUGGAGACCUUAGAGGACAUCUAUAUCGGCUCGGUCGAGACCGACCGGGGUGUGCGCGAGCAGGUGCGCUUCUACGACACCCGGGGCCUGAAGGACGGUCAGGAGUUUCCACGCCAUUACUACACUUUCGCAGAUGGCUUUGUGCUCGUCUACAGCAUUGACAGCAAAGAAUCCUUCAGACGCAUGGAGGCACUCAAGAAAGACAUCGACCGCUUCCGUGACAAGAAAGAGGUGACCAUUGUCGUGUUGGGCAACAAAGGGGACCUGCUUGACCAGAGGAGGGUGGAUGCAGAAGCUGCCCAGCACUGGGCCAAGACAGAGAAAGUGCGUCUGUGGGAGGUGUCGGUGGCAGAUCGGCGCACUCUCGUCGAGCCCUUCGUUUACUUGGCCAGCAAAAUGACCCAGCCACAGAGCAAAUCCACUUUUCCACUGAGCCGCAACAAGAAUAAAGGCAGUGGUUCCCUGGAUGUUUGAGCGGGCUGGCAGCAGUCUGUGAGAGUGCAGAGUCACUCAGCUGCUCUCUGAAAAGAUGCACUAAAUGCAUUGACUGAUUGACAGAUAGGCAUAAACACAGUUACAGUGCAGUUAAGAGGCACGUGGAAGGACACACCCACAUUUGUGUUAUUGACAGCGUGUAUGUGGUGGACACUUUAGCGCUGUGUACAACUCCAAUACAAGGAAGAAGCAUUAAUGAUACAUUUUAUCUAGGGAGAACAUUAGUUUGAUAAAUAAACAUUGUGUCUGGAGAUAGAAUAAUCACAUUAUUUAAAACUGUACUUUUAAAGUUCAGGGUCAUCUCAAUGAUUCGGUCUCCUUAGUGUUCCAGAAAUAUCAUGCUGUCAAGAAACGAGGGGAUUAGCAAAGUAAAACAACUAAAGUAAAUUGAGACAAAAGAAACGCUUUGAUUGCUGAAAAGACUGCUAUUCUAUUACUUAACUCUGUGAAGUAGUAGUUCCUUGGAAUUAGCUUCAGCAUUUCCCUGCCUUCUUUCUUUGAGUAAUAGAAGCAUUAUUGCUGUAAAAAUAUAUUACUCCUUUGAGGUUCAGUGCUACUUUAGAUCACCGUUACCAGCUGCUGUUUUUCAUCAAGAACUGCUACAGUGGUGUUGAUUACAUUCCUGUACUUGCAUGUAUUUAUGGACAAUUUCAAUUUAUGUCACAUGAGAAUUGCUAUUGUUACACUAAUGUAUAAUGUAUACGUAGCGAAUUGUGAGUCAUGUGAACUGCUCUACAGUAGUCAGGAUCUGUGAAUAAAGCAAAUAUAAUUUCAUAUUCAUCGUGUGUUGAGAAAAGAUACCUUUUCCACUGGAAAUAAAAGCAGUAAAUAAAUCAAUAAAUUGUUAA